GGGAGGUGUUCUAAUGCUGUGUUCAAUUCACUUCUAUUCCACAAACGAGAAAGACACAGAGAAAGGGGCUGAGUCUAUAACAGUAUAGUAUCAAUCACUUGGGCCGAUUUAUUACUGUUAUAUGGAUGUUGAUAGCAACGGCAUUUUUGCAAAACAAGUAAAUAAGGUGUGCACAGGCUCCUCCUUUUUGAAGUAGGUGUGAACACCAUGCAUCUUUAAGAAGCUAUCCAGAAGGGAUCCUGACUGGCACAUUACUUUUCAGAAGGGGACGCUUUCUGCAUUUUAAACAGACAUGGGGAACCAACUUACUGAGAUUGUGCCCAACACGCCCUUUUUGCCAAACAUCCAGUCACUGCAUGUUGUGGUCAUUGGGUUGGACUUGGCUGGCAAAACGUCAUUGCUGUACAGACUUAAACUGAGGGAGUUUGUCAAAACUAUCCCCACUAAAGGAUUUAACAUGGAAAAAAUCAAAGUGGCAAUUGGAAGCUCGCGCUCCAUCACUUUUCAGAUCUGGGAUGUGGGUGGGCAGGAGAAGCUGAGACCGCUGUGGAAAUCUUACACCCGGAGAAUGGACGGCAUUGUCUUUGUGGUGGACUCAACAGAGACUGAGCGUAUGGAGGAGGCUAAAGUGGAACUGCAUAAAAUCACACGGACUUCCGAGAACCAGGGCAUUCCUGUGUUGGUCCUGGCCAACAAACAGGAUUUACCUGCGCCGCUGUCAGUGACCGAGAUCGAGAAAGUGCUCGCCCUGCAUGAAAUGAGUGCGUCCACAUUGCACCACGUGCAGGGUUGCAGCGCAGUAGACGGACAGGGGCUGCAACCGGGACUUGAGAAACUGUACGAAAUGAUACUCAAACGAAAGAAGAUGCUCAGACACAGCAAAAAGAAGAGAUGAAGCAGUUAAAAAAAAAAAAAAAGGACCUUAGCUUUGGUGUGGAUUCCUUUUUAAUUAAAAAGAUUGCAGCAAUCUGGUAAGGGAACAUUAUGAUGGCCCAAGGUCAUGAGCAAAAUGACUUUGUUCUUUUAUGUAACGACAGACAGUAUUGAAUGCUUUCUUCGGUAGUAUUUGCUGUACCACUAGAGCAGCUUUUGAUAUCUAAGGAUGACUGUAUGUGGUUGCUGUAGCACCGCACAUUGCAUUAACAUCAUUUUUAUUUAGUCAUCGGUACUGUGUGAUAGAAACUGCUUUACAAAGCUGAACAAGCUUGUCAAGAUGACAAAGCCAUCUGCUCUUUAAUGACCAGUAUGCCAGUGUUUCUUUGACAAAUCCUGCAAUGGUACUAUCACCAAUUCAGUAAUUGUUUCUUCUGAUAAUAAUAGUUGUGGUGAUAAUGUCUGAAGUGAGAUUUGUGAGCUAUUCUCAAAAGCUUGAAAUGUAGUUGUGACAACUGACUGUUUUUACAAACUAUAUUUUUUUGUAAUGCUCAUGUAUAAAUAAAUUAUUGAAAACCUACAAAUUCAUAGUGAAAUACUAAUGUUUGCUUUUGUUUAUUUAAACAACAGCAACACCUUUAUUAGAACCCUUUGGGGAUAAAUGCUAUGUAAAUGUGUGUCCAGAAGGCAAAUUAUUAUGUUUGAUGGGCUGUAUGUAUGCUGUUUACCAAAAAGAAAAAAAAAAAGAUCUCAGUGUACCGCUUGUACACCAUGAAAUGAUAAAUGCUAUUUCCCAUAUGUGAUCAAAUUUCAGUAAUGUUUUAAUCAGUGGAAAAUGUUUUCUUCUGGCCAAAAUUGAUUAAUUGCUUUUUAAUAAAAAUUACUUUUUAUA